AUGAAUGCUCCACUCCCAGAGAAAAUGAUGCAGAAAUUCGUAUAUCCCUUAUAUAUUAAACACUCUAGAAUCAGUAGAUGGAUGUGUAUUUGAAACACGAGGAGUUGCAAGCAAAGCAGAGAAAAAUCAAUGAGUAGAAAUUGCAGAACAUUUUCGAUCGCAAUCUCUAAAUAGAAGCCAAGGAUCGAAAAAUGAAGGAAUAAGUACUCUUCCUACUGUAAAUCAGAUCCUCUCCUCACGAUACUAGAAUGAGUAACUGAAGAUUUCGUAGGAGAAAAUGAAAUAACUGCAAGAACUAGAGAAGCAGAAAAAGGAGAGGAAGGCAGCCUAAUCUGAACUAUGGCAAAUGGAUUAGAAACAACACGAGAAGGAAAUCAAACAAAGGAUACUCGAAAUAUAGACCAAGCUCAAAUUUGAGGAGUUUAAAAAGAAGACCGAUGACUUGAUGAAUCAACUGGAUUAUAAUCUAAGAAGAGUCAACGUUCUUUACAUUGAGAAAUAGGAACAGAAGUAGAAAUAUCUGAAUGAUUAUAUGAGCUAAAAAUAGUUGACUUUAAAUUCAUCAAUGCACAUCAAUGAGUCUCAUAAUCAAAAUGUCUAUUCCAACUACUAAAUGCAGAUGAAGAGGAUUCAAGAAGUAAUACAUGAUAUAUUUAGAUUUGUGAACAAAAGUUGAAGGAUUACGAAAUCAAGCUUAAUAGGAUUUAUAAGCAGAAAUAUGAAAAGAUGGAUUAGAUCUACCAGAAGGCUCAACAAUCUUAGGAACAUUUGGAAUAGAUCAAGGAAAGGCAGAAUCAGAUAUUUUAGAAGAGAAUAAAGAAGAUAAAAGAGAAGAUAGAUUAUUUUUAAGAUAAGAUAAAUAUAAUUGAGAAGAAGAGACUAUCAAAUUUAUAACUCACUUAUAAUAAGGAACACCAGCAUCAUCAACAAAUGAAUUAAAUUAGAGCGAGAUCUGAGAAUUUAUUUAGGAAUAGGUCACUAAACUUGUUGAAUAAACAGGUUUUGAAAGAAUAAACUUUUUAAUUGGUGCAAAGUCAGAACUAAUUGGAUCUGGAGUAGAAACUCUCGAGAUUGAAUUAGAAAUGGCUUAUACAGCAAUCGUAAGUGGUUAGGGCUGAUAAACUUAAAUUGUCCUAUCUUCAACAAUUGGAACUAAAAAUAAGUCAGAGAGAUUAAAGAUUGUAGGAUUAGAUGUAUGAUUUUGAAGUGAUUUAGCUAAAACAAAUUAGAAAUUUAAAGGAGAAGGUUGAAAGUUAUUGAAGACAUGGAAAAGUAGAAAAGGGAUAUGUUGUUGAAAUUAGAAUCUGAUAAAGUACAUCCAUUAAACACUUCUGAGUUGAAGUAUUUCAAUAGUACUCCUAAGGAAUAAUCUAAAUUAUUUAUAACCUGAUUAAAAUGAAUUGAGC